AUGGGGAUCCCACGACCACAGGAGCAUUGGGUGGAUGCUCCCCAGACGAAUUCAACCAAACCAUCGCCAUUUCUCAAAUUGCCUCUGGAGCUUCGUCUCAUGAUCUACGAGUAUGCGCUGGUCGUUCCAAACGAAUUCACGGAUCGUCCGAUGAUCGUGAUCAACGACCGCGGGAACGUCUUCACUGCCCGCGGCCGAUACCGAGCUCUCUCGAUGUGUCCCAGCUGGGUGGGUGAGAACGGUCGAGUUCGCAGCCUACUUUCCGUGAACCGGCAAAUCCACGAUGAGGUGGAGGAUUUCGUGUAUUCGCAGAAUACCCUCUUCUUUUUGAACUCGUUCAAUCUUGACCGUUUGGGCACCUUCCUCGACACCAUCAGUCCUACGGCGCGCAAGCGCAUUCGCAGCGUCGGGUUUGAGAUUUUCUUCUUUGUCCACUCGCAAACAGGCGUGCCGAAGCGGACCUUGAAGGAGUAUAAAGCAGCUGCUCGCAUGUUGAUGGAAAAGCUGCCGAACUGGACAAGUACCAUGUUUUACUUAGAUCCUCGCUUCUACUUCCCUUCUGCUGCAGUAGGGAAUCUGGAGUCGUCCGCGCGGGGUAUCUGGUAUCUGGCGACGAUAUUUGGAGCUUUGCAGAAGGAUCUCCAUUUCUUUCCACUACCGUCGAUGCAUCGACAUGUCAUGGACGAUGCAAAGAAAUCGCUACAGGCUGAGACGCGGGCGUCACAGAUGAAGCUCUCUAUCGCAUAG